UGUGGGGGCUUUCUCUCUGAAGAACGUAAUGCCGGAUACACAAUGUGCUCGAUCAAGUUAAUCUUUCCGUCGCAAGAAGCGAAAGUAUAAAAAACCCAGAAAUCAAAGGUAAGAGAACCUACCCAGUUUGAAGCUUUGCCCAAUUUUUCUGAUAAUUUUGGGUUGGAAUGAAGCUAUUUAUGCAUCUAAGCAUGUUCCCUGCUGAGGCAAGUUACUGCUAAGUCUUCGUUACUUGUUUUAAAUCCGUUUUAUUAUGUAGAGAUGUGAGAGAUCAGAAACUCCAGAGUUAGAAAACCAACAAAAAAUAGAUUGUCACUCUGUCAGAUAUACUUUUGAUGUCCUCAAUUUACCUCCUUCGUGCAAAAAUAAAGAAACCCACCAACCCAAAUAGAUUUUAAUUGAUUCUCUCCAACUUGUCAUGAUAGUUCGUCAAAUCCUUAGAAGUAUUACUUGUAUCUCCAGGAUGAAUUUGCAAUUUCAUUGCUCAUGGGUUUCUCCUGUUGUUUCUGAGAAUUCAUUGAACUUUGGGAGAGUUCGAUUUCUUUGCGGUAGUAGACCUACUCACUGCCCCUGGGUUUCUUCUGUUGAUUCUCUAAACUUGGUGAACUUGCAGAAAAUUCGAUUUUUCUGCAAUAGUAGGCCUGUCAAUGCUGGAAAAAUCUCUUUUCCUGAUCCGUCCUGUUCAACAAUUGUAAACCGUAUUUCUCGAGUUGCACGAACUGAAGCUCAGGAUGCGCUAUUUGAUUAUCUACACUGUACUAGAAACUUGCACUUCACUGAUGCAGAGCACAUUAGCAAGAAUUCACCGGCAUUCCUUCAGAAUCUGCUCUCCAAGGUUGAGAGUGAGCAGGAGGUCUCUCGGUCACUAUCCAGGUUCCUUCGCUAUAAUCCCAUUAAUGAAUUUGAACCAUUCUUUGAGAGCUUGGGUUUAUCGCCAUCUGAGCUUCCCUCCCUUCUUCCGCGUAACCUGAUUUUUCUUAGUGAUGAUGAUAUCAUGCUGGAGAAUUAUCAUGUUCUGUGUAAUUAUGGUAUUCCUCGUACUAAGAUUGGUAAGAUUUACAAGGAGGCAAGGGAAAUUUUUGCAUAUGACUAUGGGAUUUUGGCUUCAAAACUCCAAGCUUAUGAAGAACUUGGUCUUAGUAAGGCAACUGUCAUCAAGUUGGUCAUCUGUUGCCCAUCACUUUUGAUCGGUAAUGUCAAUAAGGAAUUUGCUCAAAUUCUUGAAAAGUUGAAGCAUUUAGGCAUUGAACAAGAUUGGAUCAGAAGCUACUUGUUGGACAACAGCAUAUAUAAUUGGAAGAGAAUGCUUAACAUGAUAUGUUUUCUUGAAGAAAUGGGUUGUUGUGAAAAGGACAUGGGAAGAUUGUUCAAAAUGCAUCCUGGGUUCUUGCUCGAAGAUUCAGGGAAAAAGAUUUAUAUGCUGGUUGCUUUGUUACUCAAACUAGGUCUCAAGAUGAGUGAGGUUCUUGUUUUAUUUCUACAAUAUCCACAAAUUCUUGGUGGAAAUUUUGCUAAAAAUCUGUGGGGAGCUGUGCAUUUCAUGGCAGAGAUUGGGAUGGAAACUCAAGAUAUUGCAAAAAUUGUAUCCAUGCAGACCCUACUUCUGGGUUCAUGUUCUCUCAAGAAACCGAGUACCAUUUUGAAGAAAUUAGACAUGAGUAAAGAUAGGCUGUGUGAGAUUAUAAAGGAUGAUCCACGUAAGUUGAGUAGUUUGGCUUCAAAAUCAAAACUAAGCAGCAAUGAGCAUGCAGCUUCCAUGGGCAGACUGCAUAAAUUAGCAGCUGAGGAUAGAAAGAUCCUGCUUGAGAAGACAUCAUUCUUGUUGAGAUUGGGGUACGUCGAGAACUCAGAUGAGAUGAUGAAGGCUCUGAAAAAGUUCCGUGGUAAAGGGGAUCAGCUGCAGGAGAGGUUUGAUUGCUUGUUAAAUGCCGGAUUGGACUACCAUGUUGUCUCUAACAUGGUCAAAGUAGCUCCAGCAGUGCUAAACCAAACUAAGGAUGUAAUUGAGAAGAAGAUCGAUUAUCUAGUAAAUCAUCUUGGCUACCCUCUCAAAUCUGUAGUGGCAUUUCCAUCUUAUUUAUGUUAUGAUAUAGAAAGGAUAAAUCUUAGGUUUUCUAUGUAUUUAUGGCUUAGAAGGAAAGGUGCAGCAAAGCGCAGAGUGGCCUUGAGUACAAUACUUGCAUGCUCAGAUGCACGAUUUGUAAGAUAUUUUGUAAAUCUCCACCCAGAAGGUUCAGCUGAAUGGGAAAGGUUACAGAAAUCUAUAUCUUCAAUCUAAAAUUAGAUGUCCACUGUUAAUGAACUGAUUAUAUGAGCCUAUAUUCUUAAUUUUGAUAUUCUUGAAAAUGUUGUGGAUAUGAAUUGCCAUCUUAUUAUUUUUUUCUGUUGCUUGCAGUCAAAUAACACUAGAUUCAUGAUAGGUUGGUAAUUGCAAUAUUGGAACUUUGAGAUGUUCUAUUGACAAUCCAUAUCAGUUGCUUACCUUGAAACAGUAUGUCAACCUGCAACCUAUGUACAUCAACAUAUUUGCGAAGAAUGUAGCAUGCCAGACAUUCAUCACUUCAUGAUAGGUUGAUAAUUGCAAUAUUGGAACUCUGAGAUGCUCUAUUGACAAUCCAUAUCAGUUACUUACCUUGAAACAGUAUGUCAACCUGCAACCUAUGUACAUCAAUGUAUUUGCGAAGAAUGUAGCAUGCCAGGUAUUCAUCACUUCAUGUUAGGCUUUGGAGGAUGGGUUUGCAGGAAGAUUGUUAGGGCAGGCGAUGCAUCAUAAUGAGAUAGGUUUGCAGGCUUCCAUUAGUUGUUAGAUCACUGCAGCAAGGCAUGCAUAAAUGGAUUAGGUCCAUAGCAUUUUGAUUUGUUGGUCUUAGUGACUUCUCUGUCUGACAAGGUGCUUUGCUUUGCAGAUGAAAAAUUACUUGCUGAGAUCUUUACACCAAAGUUUAUCAUCAUGAGGAUGAAGUUCUGGUUUAACCAGAAAAAUGUGUUUAAUUUCCAAGCUAAAGUAGGUAAUCUAACAAAGUUUUGUUUUGGUGCUUUGAAUACUUGAAGAAUAAUAUAUAUUGAGGAACUGGAGGGCAGUGGCAGAUUCUUCCACUGUUAAGGCUGUCACAAUUCAUCAUUGGAGCCCACCGGACAGGGGCUUUAUUAAAUUAAAUUUCGAUGGUAGUAGCAUAGGGAAUCCAGGUCCCUCUGGCAUUGGAGGUGUAUUUAGAGAUGAAAGGGGCAAAAUUAUUGCACUAUAUUCUGGGCUGGCAGGGGAAGGAGUCUCGUUGAGGGCAGAAGUCAUGGCUGUAAUGGAAGGCAUACAAAGGGUGAAAACUCUGCACAUCAACAAACUAAGUGUGGAGGGAGACUCAAAAUUGGUGAUCAACUGGCUACAGGCUGAGAGAGUGAAAAUGUGGAUGUACAAUAAUGAAAGGAAGAAAUUCAGAUGGUUAACUAGAGACAUGGAAGUAAGGACAGGGUGGGUCAAGUGGAGUGCAAAUGCCAUAGCUGAUUCAUUAGCUAAGCAAGGGGUGAUGAGAGAUUCAUUGUUUUGGGCACAAUUGUAAGGGAUUUGGGGGUUUUGUGGGGAGAGAUAAGAGUCUUUUAUCUCUCAUGAACUUAAACUGUUUUAACAGUCUGUACUUACCACUUUCUUCUCAGAAUAAUAAAAUUGAUGUUAUUGAUCAAUAUAUAUAUUCCUUAUUUUUUCACCAAAAAAAAUAUUCCUUAUUUCCUAUACUUGAGGACAAUGAUCGCUGAAGAAACAAAGAAACAAAGAAUGACGGUCUGGCAUAACUGUGGAACUGUGCAUUUUGCUCCUUUUGGUGAUUGGUGUAAAUUCAUCAGGUCAUGCCAAUGCACUUUUUCAUACUUCAGGCUUGGCUCUAGCCUCACCUCAAACUCUUUUAUGAGCACUUCGUGCCACUCUUAGACCAUUAGAUUAGGCUUUGGUCUUCGAGUGCAAGAUCAAGCUGAACUCAAACAACCAUUAUAUUCAAGUUGACAGUAGCAAGAGAUUCUGAUUAUCUAAAAGGUAUCUUUCGUAAUGAUUUUAAUUGAACAAUUGAAGCCUCCAUUGAUAGUGUAUGGGUUGAGAUAACAGGGUUCUAAAUUGUUAUGGGCUUGUGUAUACCUUGUACAGAUCGUGGCUAUCGAAGACAAAUGAUUUCCAGAUCGUGGCUGUUGAAGACAAAUGAUUUCCAGAAGGUGAGUAGUAGUUGUAACAUAAUGUCUUACCUUGUAAUUUUUGUAAGUCAUUCUCUAACUGGAAUGUUGGUCCUCUUGUUUUAAAUUUAGCAAUGCCAAUAUAUUUAUCGAACACUUGGCUUAAUUUUCAUGUCAAACACUAGAAAAAAAUUAAGAAGAUGAUUUAUUUUCCUAUUGAA